AUGCUUGGUCAAUUUUAUAGUCAUGUUGAUAGUUCAAAUUUACAUUGGGGUAAUUUUAGAAAGGAUUUAUCAUCAUCAAUAGAAAGAUACUUUGAAAGUUUGGUACAAAACUAUAUAAAUAUUAAAAGAGAAUAUAAUGAAAAUCGUAGAGAUGAAUUUAAAACCCUCACAGAUACAAUUCUAGCAUGGAAGAAAUUUGGUAUUCCAGGCCAGUGCGACGGUGUUAAGGAGUUCUCUGUAUUCUACCAAAAGUUAGAAAAAAAGAAUCAAGAGUUUAGCUUGCUCUAUAGCUUUAAGGAGAUCCUUGAGAGAAAGUUUUCGUUUAGUUUUAGCAAUGCAGCAAUAAAGAACUGGUCAAUAACUAAAAGAACCAAGAAUUUAAGAAAUCUAAUAUUAUCAUCAAGUAGCCAGUCUGGUCAUUUUUUAAAAAAACAACAAACCAUCAAAUUUUUAACAUAUUUCGAAGUUCAAAACAAAACAUUAUUUUUUCCAGUUGUUUUUGAGCAUUAUUUAAAAGAGUAUCCUCAAAACUUGGAUAUAGUCGCCCAAAAAACUUCAGAGUUUUUAGAAAGACUUAUCAAAUCUGAUUCAUCGAUGCAAUUAAAUGUUAUCUUUGAAAGUAUUACCAAAUUACCAGAGAUUAAUUAUACCAAAGAAAUUCCAACUAUUUUUAAGUAUUUCUUGCCAGAUCAAGAGUACAACCCUGAAAUCGAAAGGAGUAUUCAAAACUUCAUUGAUAAUGCUAUAUUUAUUUAUGGUGUUAGGGCUCAUUUCCCAACGAUUGAAACUUUUAUGUCAAAUUUAAAGUUUUUAAAAAUAGAAGAUUUUAUAGAGAAGCGUAAGAUGUGUGAAGAUAUCAUUAAUUUGGUUUUUAAAGAGACACCAACAAUUGCUGAAGCCAAUAGUAAACUUGAAGAAUUAAAGAAACUCAUUUGUAUCAGUAAACUCCAAUUCGAAUUCUUUGAUCUUCAACUCAAAGAUUUAAUGGAAUGGUUCUCAACAUUUGUUGAUUUGGAUAGCUUUACCAUUCAGUCUGAGAGUUCAUCACAAAAAUUCUCUGAUGCUUUUAGUUCACAAAUUAUCAAUUACACAAUCUUUUGUAGACACCAACUUGAAGAAUUUAUAGAAUACAAUAAUGCAUACAUCGAUAAUAACGAAAAAAGAAAAUCUAUAACUUUUCAACAGUUUUUUGAAAAAAUUAAUAAAAUUAUUCCAGUCGAAAAUUUUGCAAGUUCAAAAGUUGCUUUCAAUAAUACAAUUAAUAUGCUACCAAAUGUAAAAGCUCUCUUUAGAUCUGGUGAUGUAACUGAAAAAGGUGUAAUAGAAAACUCAAAGACAAUCCUCAGUUUCGGUUCAAUAUUUGUUUCCAAAGUAUCAUCAGUAUUAAAAUCAAAGAAUUCAUGGCAUGUAUUUAACGAUACACUUAUUCUUCAGAGUGAUGAUUUAGAAAAUAAUUAUAGAGGCUUAGAUUUGUUUACAAAUAAUGCAAAUAAAGAAAUCUUUGACAAGUUUAGAGUUAUAUUCCAACUUUUUGUUAGCAUCCAUCAAAUUCAUAACGAGCUCUUUUAUAUCUGCCACCCACGUUAUUUAUCUAAUCAUGAAUUUAGAGUUGAUUGUUCCAAAAAUCAACUCAUUAACUUGAAAGAUACCUUAGAAAGAAAGGUUGAAAAAUGGAAAAAGUUUAUCGACCAUUUGCCAAAGAAAUUACUCUUUUUAAAAGCAUCGGGUAUUUCAUCACUCUACUCUAAACUUAAAACCAUUUUUAAAGGAAAGAAAACAGAUAACACAUUCACACAAGAUUCAGAAAAAAUUACAGAAGAGAUUUACCCAUUCAUCAAAUACUGUUUUGGUAGCGAACUUAAUCUGGAAUAUUCUCUUCUCUUGGAGCAAGUUAAAGAAACUAAAUUUGGUGGAAAAAUCGAAAAUUUCUUAUUUGAUUUAAUUAAAAGAAUCAAAGUCAAUAUCGUUGGUAAUUAUGACGAAAAAGAUGAAGAAGAGGAAAAAGAAAGAAAAGAACAAAGAAAUACAGACAACCAAUUAUCAUAUCAAUUUAAAGAUGGUGAAGAAGAGCAAUUAAUUUCAGAAUAUGCAUCUGCAAGUGGAAAAGUUAAUACAUCAUUCGAAUUAGUACCUAUUCCAACUAAACAAAAAUCUGAUCUUUUCCGUUAUUUAAUGUGGUUAAAUGAUGGUGUAUUGCCCCAUCCAAGUCAAAUCUUUUAUUCAAAUACAUUUGAUAGAGAUUUUUCGUUUUUUAAGAAAUUAGUAGAAAGAUUCAAAGAUAUUAAAUUCUUUUUAAUUGGUACUCCAAAGAAUAAAGAUGACUUGAUAGAGUGGAUGUCUCAACACUUUAGUAAAAGCUCAAUGUCCCAACUCGCAAAAGUUUACAUUGUUUCAAUUGAAGAUGACAAUUACACCAAAGACGUAUUUUCAUUUAUUCCCAUUAAUUCCGAUAAAUUAACUCUAAGUUGGGAUCAUUUCAAAUGUUCCUGGAAAGAUACAGUCAAACCAAAAUCAAUUGAUUCAUUAAAUUUAGUUUAUGACAAAAACAGUACUGGCAAAACUCACUUCAUCAAGAGUAAAACAAAAAAUUCCAAAGUUGAAACAGUCUUUAUUAGAUCAGGUUUUAAAACAAAUUUAUUAUUCAACACUCUAAAAGAAAAGAAACUUAAAGAAUUAUCUAUCCAUUUCAAUAUAUCAUGUUAUGCCGAUUUUGAAGAGUUUUCUCAAUUUUUUUACCCAUUCAUCACUUAUGGUUACAUAUUCAAAAAGAAUGGAGAAUUAGCUUGCAUUCCAAAUAAUUGUUCAAUUAAAAUUUUUGUUGAAAUUGGUGAGCCUCUAAAGAAUGAUUUAGAUAGUGACUCACUAAAGAAUGAUAAAAAUAGUGAUCCACCAAAGAAUGAUAAAAAUAGUGACCCACUAAAGAAUGACCCACUAAAGAACUAUGUAGAAAAUUCAAUACCUUUAAUAUACUAUUUAGCAAACAUUUACUCUAGGAACCAAACCGAUUCCGGCCAAACCAACUAUGAUGAGUACAAGAAUGUUCAAUGGGAAGCUGGUGAAUCCGAAAAGCGUGCAUUUAGUUUUGUACAUUGCUCUUUCUAUCAAAAGGCAACUAUUGAUAUGGGUAAUUCUUUCACUUUUAAAGAAUACAUUUUUUAUCUUAAAAGAUUUUUAUCAGAAAAGUAUUUAAAACUAGAUAUCGAGUAUUUAGAAGAUCCAAAUUGCUUCCCAUACAGAAAGAGUUUCUUUUUAAUGUUAAAUGAAAGAUUAAAAUUUUUAGAUAGUUACUACGAGUUUUACUUAAUGAUAUGUGAUUAUGACUAUCAAAACUCUGGUUCAAGGCUUCAAGAGGGUCUUUUAACUUAUCAAGAAUUAUAUGAAAUAUUUUUAGUUGAAUCUAUACAAUUGGCCAAUCCAACCUAUUCAUCAACAUCAAAUUGGGACAAACCACCACUUAUUACCAACAGAUCAGCAGUAAAGAUAUCAAAUUCUCAAGUAAAAUACGACUCAUUCCAAAGCAAAGCUAUUGACUUUAUUCAUUUCUCUGAAUCAUUCGAGCACUCAAUUCAUGAAAAGAUUAAGACCCUUCCAUCAUACAUCACUUUAAAAGAUGCAAGAGAAAACCCAUCAUUUUUCAAUUCAAAGAUUGCCACAUCGUUCGGUAUACAUUCUAGAACUAAUAUCGUUAGUGAUUUAGCAAUUCAAUAUGGCUUUGUUUUAACUCCAGAGCUAUCAUUGCGUUUACUAGUUUUAAAUAAUAGAAUACAGCAUCACAGAUCAAUGAUUUUAACAGGUGAUACAGGUGUUGGUAAAACAAUGCUACUUAUUUUUUACUCUUUAUUAAUUAAUGCUGGCUUAUCAUCUAUCCCAGAUAUCAUAUUCGAAAUCAAGGAGUUAAUAUUAAGUUUUGGCAAAAAUGUUAACGGUUUCAGUCAAAGCGAAUUAUUUAAAAACCUGUCAAAUAGCUAUUCAAUUGACAAGAUCAUUAAAGUUUCCGAAGAGAUUUUUAGAUUUUCACCAAAUAAAUCUGAUAAAGACUCACCAUCAACCUCUUUAUCGUCGUCCACAAAUGAUGACCAAACUUUACCCGAAGAAAAUAAGAGUAAACUAAUCGAUCAAGCAAUAUCAAAAAAUAUAUCAUUGCCUUUUGAAAGCUCGUUAAAACACCAAGGUCUAUUCAUAAAGAAAUUAGAAGAAACAAUUUUGGGUAUCAUUGAAAGAUAUUCAUUAAUAGAUAUUAAAGAAGGUGGCUAUAUACAAAAAUUAAUUUCAGCAAGAAAACAAAAUAUUAGACAGAUCAACUUUUCAAACACAGUCGAAUUAAUCAAAGAAAUCUGUACAGUUUCAUUCAAAAAGAUCUUUACUCGUAUUAUUAUGAAUAAAAAAUUCACCAGCAAAUUAUUCAAAAAACAAGUUAAAUCAAUUUUAGAAGAAAGUUUAAACCUGAAGAAAAUUGACCCAAAUUUAAAGAUGGUUGUAUUUAUCGAUGAGUUUAAUACAAGUCCAGAAGAUACUUUAGCCUUAAUUAGUGAAAUAUUUACUGAUAAUACACUAGAUGGAGAAAAAAUAAAUAUCGAUAAUAUUUUUUGGAUCGCUGCAAUGAAUCCACUUUCACACAAUAAUACUCAGCCAAACAAUAUUGAUUAUACAGGCGAAGAAUCUCAAGUUAAUUCAGAUUUUGUAGUUUUAGAAACACCACCAUCCUUAAAACAAUUCUUUUUAGACUAUGGUACACUUUCAACAAGCAACGAGUCUUCAUUUUGUCAUGGUUUAUUAGAAUUAAAGAAAGAAAAUAUUAUACCAACAUAUAUCAAUGAAAUGGGCAGUAUAGCUACAAUAGAAAUUCAAGAGGAUAUUAAUAGGUUUAUUACUAUUGGUCAAGAAGAAUUAAGAAAAAGCUCUCAAGUUAGAACCCAUGUUUCAUUCAGAGACAUUGUUAGAGCCAUAGACCUUUAUCAACUAUUUAACGAAAAUAUUGGCACAGAGAUAUUCAAAAAAUAUGAUAAGGAUAUCCUAAAUAAACCAUACAAAAGACAUUGGUUAGCAUUAAUUUGUAGUUUUUCAAUGACCUACUUAUACAGAUUAAAUUUAGAGAAUAGAAAAUCAAUGGUUGAAAGUAUUAAUAAAUAUAUAGGUUCCAAAAAAAAUAGCUCAUGCUUACUUGACGAUGGUAAUAUUAAAUCCCCCGUUGAUAUUAGAAAUAUUUUUAGCUCAAUUUGUGGUUGUGUUACCGCUCAUACCAAUAUUCCAAAAGGUAUUGCCACUACCGAAUCAUUAAAGUUAAAUAUUUUCUUUACAUUAAUAUCAAUUUAUUCAUGUAUACCAUUGUGUAUUGUUGGUCCACCAGGUUGCUCAAAGACUUUAUCAUUUAGUAUUGUUAAUGACAAUUUCAAUAAAUCCAAGAAAACAGACAAUCCAAUUUACUCUUUUAUCAAAUCUGCUCAACCAUUUAGAUAUCAAUGUAACAAUCAUACAACCGAUAGUGAAAUUGAAGAAGUUUUAGAAAGAGCUAUUAGUCGUGCCAGUAUUAUUCCAGACAGUAGAAUGAUAGUCCAUUUAGAUGAAGCUGGUCUUGUAAAUGAAGAAGCAUCACCAAUGAAAAUCAUGCACGAUUAUUUGGAUAAAGGUACAAGAAGCAAAACUUUAAUUUCAAUUAUUAUACUUUCAAAUAGAAUUUUGGAUGCUGCUAAAACCAAUAGAAUGUUAUUAUUGGUACAUCCAAAAGAAAUCUCCCAUGAAGAUGAAAAAGCUUUAGUUGCAGGUUGCUUAUUUGGAAAAAGUAGUCUUACAGACGAACAAAUAAAAAUUUGCAAUAGUAUAUGUAUUGGUUUUUCAAAUAUUACAAAAAGUAAAAUUAACAAUUUACAUAAAAUCCUUCCAACAAAGAACCAAAAUCAAAUAUUUGAAAAAGAUCUGUUCCACCAAAGAGAUUUUGUAUUCUUUUUGCGUCACCUCAAGAGAUCAUACGAAAGAGAUAGAAUGAUUACACCAGAAACAUUGUUAAACUCAUUAGAAAGAAAUUUCAUUGGCAACACAUAUUUCCCAUUACACAUCAAUUCGUUCUUUAUCGCAUUUGGUUUCGAUGAAAACAAAUACUUAGGAAAAGAUAGUACCAUCGAGAGAAUAUUGGAAAAUCUUAAAGAAGAAAUUGACAUUGAAAAAGAUGACAUCAAUACUCUCGGUUUUAGAUAUAUGAUGCUUUUAGAUCCAACUGAAAACGAAACAUCAUUGUCAAUCCUCAAAGAAUUAGGAGUCUCAUUUUCGGUUAUUAGAGUUGGUGAUUUUGAAAACGAUAAAACUAGUGAUAACAUUUCAUAUAUCAUCAACGAAAUGAAAAAUAAAAUGUCAAAAGGUGGUACAGUAGUUUUGGUCAACUCUCAGCCAAUUCAAGCUUGUUUCUAUGAUGUAUUCAAUAGACAUUUCGCAGUAUUCCAAGAUAAAACCAAAAAGUUAUUCCUUUCGCAUCUUUCUUAUGGUACCAAUACUAUAUUUGCACCAGUCCAUCCAGACUUUAAAGUUAUUGUUCAUUUACCUCUUUCAAAACUAGAAAAGACUCAAUUACCAUGGUUAAAUCGUUUUGAAAAAUAUAUUCUUGGUAUCGAUCAGUUACUUUCUUAUAAACUUAAUGACUCACCAUUCAAAGAGUUUUACACAAAUCUUUUAAAAAGUGGUAGAGAAUUCGUUAAAACUGUAGAUCAAAAUGGCUCUUUAUUCUUUGGGUAUUGCAAAAGCACAAUAGGUUCAUUGGUAUAUCAAGCAUUAAAACAAGAGCAAUUAUUUGGACCAUAUACUCAUUUUAUAAAAAACAAACAAAUUCCAUCAAAGAAAAACCCAUUGCCAGCAACAUUAUUAAAUUGGAAACUAUUACAAAUUGCAAAACCAGAGUCAUUACAUGGAUGUAUUUAUCUUUUUAAUACUAGAUACAAACAAGAGUAUUUGAUGAAUCAAGAGCAUUUUAAUGCCUUUCUUUUUAUUGAAACACUCAUCAAAGAAUACUUUUUACAAUUAGAAAACAAUAAUAAUAGUCCAAUAAAUUCAAAGUGGACUAUAUUCACAAGAACAUCAUUUUAUUUGCACAAUAUUAAAGGUGAAUUUUCAAAUAAUAAAAUUACAGACGCUUUGGUUUCAAAUAUUUCUCUUCCAGAUAUUCUCCCAAAAAUUAAAAACACGAGCAAUCUCUUCAAAGUAAUAAAGCUUCAAGAUCUUAAAUCAAGUAUUCAAUGUAGAGGUGAAAUAGAAGAAUUCUUUUCAAAUCCAGAUUGCUUUGUAUUGAUAGUUGUUGUUGAUAUGAUGGUUGUAACUAAUAAUCAAAUAAAUUUAGUUCAAGAGCUAUUUGAUGAAGACCCCCAAAAAAACAGAUUAUUAAUAUUCAUUUGCCAUUUCCCACCAGAAUAUACAAUUUCACCACAAAAUAACAUCAACGCAAUAUUUUUAAACAAUAACAAUUUCAUUUAUAUUGAUUCUUUGGGCAUUAAAAUUGAAGAUUUAUCAUUUGACUCUAAUCAAAAGAUGGUUCCAAAUUCAGAAUCAAAGCUCAAUAUAUCCAAUUUUGUAAGAAAAAGUUUUGGUUUGGAAAAAAAUGUUGAAAAAAGUGAUGAAGGUUACUUGGAGGAUAUGUUUUUUGAAUUCUUAAAGCAAAUUUCGAAAUCUAUGAUAUCACCAUUCAUUCCAUUCAAUUCAAAUCCAAUUAUUAGAGAGUUCUAUUCAACCCCAUCAAAAAGAUACGACUAUUUAGAUCGAUUAUUUAAAAACAAUAAAUCUUGGGUAUCAUCAAUUAUUGAUCAAUUUUUAAGAACAUGGAAUGAAUCUAAAUUCAUCUCUGAAAUCAUUACAGAAGUCUCUAGCAAUAUUUCAUCAAGCUCACAAUCCUUCUUUGAUGCAAUUAAAAGUUCAAUUAAAUGUUAUUUCUACCCGGUAAUCUCUCAAAUUCUUAAAGUAUUGGUAAACUAUUUCUCAUUCGAAUCAAUAUUAUUAAUUAAAGAUGAUCCUGAUCAAGUAGAAAUGGUCAGAAAAUAUAUUUUAUCGGUAAACUCACUCAAGAUCCCAGAUUCUAUUGAAGAAAGAUUACAACCAAUUACAAUUUUACCCCCACCAAUUAAUGGUGUCACCUCAAACCUUCCACUUUACGAUUCAAUUUCAAAUACCAUCAGUCAAUUGUUUGACCAAUCAUUAGCAUCAAUUAAUGCAAGAAACUCGAUCUAUCUAUCAAAGACAUUCUCUAAUGUAAUUGAUAAUCACUCAAUUAAAGAGGUUAUUUCGCACAUUACAUCACAUCAAAAACUAUUAGAAAAAUUCCAAACUGAUUAUAUUGUCAGAACACUCAAAUUUGAUCAAUCAAUAUCAAAAUUCUUUUUCAAUUUAAUUCAUCAUCUCAGAAUUAAUGUUCAUUCAAAUUAUAAUCAUCCAAUUUUAGAUCUAUGGAUUGUUUCAUACUUUGAAAGCACAACAUUAAACCUAAUCAAAAAUAUUUUAUUACCACUUAUCAAUCUUAAUGGUAUCAAUUUAGUUGAAGAAUUAAUUACUCUCAAGUUCAAUGUUAAAGACUUAAGUGAAUAUAAACUAUUCAUUGAAGAUUUUUCAUUCAAACUGCUGUAUAAAAGACUUGAUUCCUUAUUGAAAAAUGUUAAAAGCGAAAAAUAUUUCCCACUAGACUCAUUUAUCAACUGGAUCAAGGUAGUUAGAGAAGUUUUCAAUAUUUCAUCAGGUUUUAAAAAUACAAUUGUUGAUUUUAAAUCUUCCAGUCAAUAUUCAUCAAGUAUAGAAAUCAUUUCAUAUAUCUAUGUUGUAUAUUCAAUAUUUUUAGAUACUGUUUCAAACCAUCCAAGCUCGCAUUCUCUACAAAACAUUACCCACCUAUUACUGGACUUUAUUCAAUCAAAAACAGUAUUCGAAUUCUCAAAUAUCAAAAGUCUUUUCGUAUUCCUAUUUAAUUUCAAGAAAAGUAAAGAAAACCAAUUUUCAAAUGACCCAUUAUUUAAUAAUUGUUUCCAAAAUGAUUGUAUAUUGGAUAUCUUGGAAUCAAUAAUAUCAAUCAACAAUGACAACUUUAUAUCUUUUAUAGAUAUUUGCUUGAAUCAAAAACUUAAUUCCUUUAUUACAGUUGGUUGGAGUUGUUUAGUCAUCUACGACUAUAUCAAGAGUAAAGAAUCAAACUUUUUAAAUUUAAAGACAAUAACUAAUGACCGUUUAAACAAAAGUCCAAAUGACUUUAACUAUCAUCCACCAUUCGUUGUUCAACCAUCAGACCCUUGUCUUAAGUUCUUUCAAUUAGGAGAUAAUGGUCAAGAGAUUAAAAUAUUAGAAGACUCUUUAUUCUACUCAUUAUUGAAAAAUAUUGAAGACAUCGAAAUGGAUAGUCUUUUAAUUGCAAGAGAAGGCGAAUCAAAAUCAAAUGACCCAUUCAGUAAAAUUUAUAUGGAAGCUCUUAAUACACGUAUCAUUGAAUUGUUUGCCAGUUCAUUAAAUUCAAAUUCGGGUUAUUUCAAUAGCUUUUCAAAUUAUAACGAAAUCUUUAGGAAUACCAUCAAGAGUUUAUUCACAAUCUCCGAAAACUCAAGUGCAAAAGUCAUUAGGGUCAUCAACAUCCAUAGAGCCACUUUAAUUAACAAUCUUGAUGAAAAAGUUUUAGAAACCAUAUUAAAAGAUACCAAAUUCCUUGAAAGUAUUGGCCUUUUAACAUUCUUAAUUGAAGAUACAAACAAUAAUGGUCCAAAAUCCGAAAUCGAUUAUAAUCAACUACCAUUCAUUUAUAAUCCUAAAGAUACAAAUUAUGAACACUAUAAAAAUCUAGAAAUUUUUAUUCAUUCCUCAUCAACUCCAAAUUUUGUUCAACUUCAAAAGAACUAUAUUACACCAGAGUUACAAGGUAUAGUUAGAUCAUGUCUCUUUUUAAUUCUUUACCAAGAUUACUUGGAUGGAAAAGAUUUAAAACCAUUCAUCCACUUGUUAGAAUCACCAGAUCAAAUUGAAUUCCUCAAGUUCUUUGAAAUCGAUCAAUUUAGAGAUACCUUUAAUGCAUUUGCCUACCCUGAUAAACUAGAUCCAUCAAUUUCAAUUCAUAAAAUUCUAAUGAAAGACCCAAACAAAACUAGAGAAGAAACAAUUGCCGCAUUUAUUACAGUAAACUCGGUAGCAAUUUCAAUUGGAUCAAGUUCUAAUACAUUCCUAUUUAAUUUAACAAGAAAUAUCCAAACUGUAGCCGGUCAAUAUUUCCCAGCUUGUGAUGUUGGUAAUAUUUUUAGAGAUUGCGCAAUGAUUUAUUUAGAUGAAGCCGAAGAUAAUACUGUUACCAUGGGCUAUAAUACCUUAUAUAAAUAUAUUGUCUCAUGCACUUCAUGGUCUGCUUUUACUUGGUUUAUCUCAGUCUCUCCACAUUUUACCGAAUAUCUUUUAAAACCUCAAAUUCAUUUCGUCAGUAAAUUAGAUGAUCGUUCUCAUUCAUCACUUACUAAUUAUCUUUGGGAUAGAGCUAUAACAUCCAUAAGUGAAAUUUCAAGAAAUACAGAUAUUGUUUCACAACAUAUUGAAACUGGUCAAUUAAUUUCAGAAUUUCUUUAUGAUAUCUGGAAACAAGGCUUUAGAAAUACCAACUCCAAAUUAGGUCAAUAUCUCAAAUCUCAUUUUUCAUCGGUCCAACAAGUCAUUUCAUAUGAAAAAUAUCUUUGUACUGUUAUUACAGCUUUAAUUAAAGACUAUCCAAGAAGAAAAACUUUGCUUAGAGAAAUACACGAUCAAAAGGGUGUAAUGAAUACAAAGAGCAAAGAUACAAAAUCACUCAUCAACUCCCUAAGAGAAAAUUUCGUUCGUUCUUAUACUCGUCCAUACUUUACAUUUGAAAAGAUUAAUAGUUUAUUAUGCUCAACAACCGAUAAUGAAAGCUAUCAAAUUUUGAAAUUUAUGUCAAAUCAAAUCCAAAAGAUCUGUGUUUCAAAAUAUUUCUCUAAACUUAUUAGCUUUAUUAAGAAAUUCUAUGAAAUAUUUAAAUUCCGUCUCAAAGAGGAUCAAUUCAAUUUUAAUUUUAAUCUGUGUAUAGAUUUAUUAAAAACCAAUCUCACCGAAGAUAAAUCCUCAACACCCCAAGAAAUAUUAGAAUUAGAAAACUCUUGGAAAUCAUGCAAAUUAGCUUGGGCAAAUAUUACCAAAGAAAUGAAUAUUAUAGAAGGUGGCUGCGCUCAAAGACCAGAAUUUGAAAAAGUAGCCUACCCAAUUAACGAUGAAACUCCAAUGAGUUUCCUCUUUUUCGAUAGUAAUAGUAAUGGUGCUGGUUUAUUCUUAAAUUUAAUCAAUGGCUGGGUCAGUCACACACAAACUCCAUGUCUGCAACUUAAGGAUAAUGUUGAAAUGACCGAUACUUUCCGAAACAUCACAGACGGUUUCUUUACAAAGAAUAACACCUACGAUCUUGCUGAUUUACCAGAUGGUACAAACUAUUAUUUACUAGGUGCCGAUUUUGAAGCAACCGAAUAUCACGAAUACAUCUAUCAUUUAUUCUCACAUUAUCAAAACUUUGAUAGAUCUCAAAUGUCCCCAAAUUUUAAAACGAUUGAAAACAAAGUUAUUGCCAGAUUCUUUGCAGGUAAAGGUAUUGCAUCAGUAUUAAAAACCUAUUCAACUCGUUUCCCAUUCUUAAAAGAUGUUCAAGCUAACUCACUUUACAACAAAUUAAAAUCAAUUCCUCAAGAGGAUUUGUCAUCGAAUGUUUACAUUAAAGGCCUCCAUGAAAUUACAACCAAGCUAAAGGAAUAUGAUGUCGAUAUCAGCUCACCAUUAAAAUCACACCUUAACACAUUUUUCAAGAAAUUUAAAGAUACACCAAAUGACUUUGCUUAUUUUUUAACAAAUAUGAUAUCUGAAAUCAUCAAUAGAUUAAAAAACAAUAGUAUUUAUCAAAACAUCGAAGAUGCUCAUCCAAAAUUUGAUGGUAAAAUAACAUUAAUCGAAUUUAAUCAAGAUUUCACAAAAUUCAUUGGAGAAGAGCUUUCAAGAAAAAUUAAUUUAGAGCAAAUUGGCACUCUUUCUUAUCUAUUCUUAGUUUAUACAACCAAAGAAAUAUCACUCUAUAAUAAUAUCAAAGCUAAAGUUGUUGACCGUAAUCUCCUAAAACUCUACGAUACCUUAUAUCUCUAUUUAGUAGGUCAUGACGACAAGAAAAAAAUGAUCAAACAUCUCAAAGAAAUUCACAGUAUUUUAGUUUCAUUAGAUACAGUUAGACUAGUCUCACUUGGUAUCGAAACAAAGAGCACUCUAUAUGAUAUUGUUUCAAAACAACUAAACAAACUUGGUGAAGAUACCCUCGCCCUCGUACCAAUCAAAUCAUUAUGUUUAGUAAAUACCCCUCUCAACUACUAUCCAAUUUUAAUGAGAACAAUUCAUAAAUCAAUCAAUUCAAUUUCUUCAAAGAUUUUAGAAGAGAACAAACAAAACAAACAGUAUAAAGAAUCAUUUACCUCUCACUUUUAUGAAAAAGAUAUCAUUAGACAUGCUGAUGAUAAUGAUGAUAAUGAUGAUAGUGAUGAUAAUGACGAUAAUGAUACAACAAACAAUCAAGGAUAUAAAGAAACAUUUAAAGACUCAUUUAAUGAAAAAGAUAAUUCCAUAGAAAAGCAAUUAGAACUUAUCAAUAAAAGAAUCUCAGAAGAAUUUGGUGAUAAUCCAAUUAUUCCAUAUGAUAGUCAAGGUAAAGAAAUCACCAAUAGAAUCAUCUCCUUCCUUUAUCUUUCAAAACCAGAGUCAGCACUUAGUAAUCAAGCUAUUGUUGCACCAUUUAAACACUAUGUUUAUUAUUGGUUAAGAAAUUUAUCUGAAUUUGACCAAUUCCUUUCUCUCAGACCAAAUCAAUCCAAAUUUAAUGAACUUUUUACAAUAUUCAACUCCUUCAAAGAAGAAUGCUACAAAGAAUCUAAAGAGUCAAUUAAUCUUAGCUAUUUGGAUGAAAAAAUAUUUGAUGAUUUCACCCCUUCAAAUAUUUUUGAUGUUUUCACCCAUGUCAUUCAUAAACUCUCAUCAAUAGAUUCAAAUAUCAAAGAUUUAUUCUUCUGGAGCAUCAAAAGACCAAACUCAAAUGUUUAUGAAUAUAUCGAAAAGAUUGGUAUUUAUCAAGAUUGGAAAAACUCUGAUGUUUCAAUCAAAGAAUUAAUUAAAUUAAAUACCAACGACAAAGAUGUUCAAUUUAAAUCGCCCGAAUAUAUUUUAAUUGGUGUUAACAGACCACUCGAUGGCUCUACUAAAGAUCGUACAUUACCUUUAGAAAACGAAAUUGAUAUCUCUAAUAUUUCAGAAAACUCGGUGUAUGAUAUUCACUCGGUAGUUAGAUCGACAAAUAAACCAGAUCAAUUCACAAAAUUCCAAAAAGAACAAGAUUAUAUUAAUAAGCAAUUAACUAAAGAAACCUUUAAUCCAGAUUCUCAGAUAGACCAACCAAUUUUAGAUCAACCUGGCCAAAAUACUGCAACCACAACAACAACAACAACAACCACAACCACAACAACUACAACAACAGCUCCACCCCAAGCUAUUAUACAACCAGCUCAACAGCAAAAAGAAGAACAACAACAGCAACAGCAGCAGCAACCAAUACAGGAGCAACAACAACCAAUACAACAACAAGUCUCACCUACACCACAACAGCCAACACAAAUCAUAAACCAACCACAAAAUCAACCAACACCUCAAACAUCCCAACAAACAUCUCAAAUAACUCCACAAUCACCACAAAAUGCACAACAAACUCAAAAUAUAGGGCAACAAAUCCCACAACAGCAACAGCAACAGCAACAGCAACAACAUCAACAUCAACAUCAACAAUCACCUCAACAAUCUAUUUUUGAUACCCAACAAUCACCACUUUCUCGAUCCACUACAGAUUCUCAACAAUCACCACUUUCUCGAUCCACUACAGAUUCUCAACAAUCACCACUUCAGCAAUCUGUCAUUCAGUAUAUACCAUUAGAAAAUCAUAGAAUUCUUUAUAAUAGAACACUUUUUAAACAGUUUUUAGAUGAUUUAGAAAAACUUGAUGAAAAUAAUAAAAAAGAACUUGUUGAAAAUGGUAUAGAUUGUUAUUCUGUAAUUUUAAAUAUGAAAACAGAAGAAUGGAAACAAUUUUCAUUUAUUAAAGCCCCUAUCAAAAACAAAAUAAUUAAUUCAGUAUUAAAGCAAACCAACCCACUAAGCAAGUUUUAUUACUUUGAAAGCUAUCACGAUGCGUUAGAAAAUAAAGAAAUAUUCCGUGAUUUUCUUAUUGACAUUCUUAAUUCAGAGGAACACGCCGAUAAGCUUAUAGAAGAAGGUUAUGAAGAUUUUAGCUGCACAAUUUCUAGCGAUGAUGAUUAUGAUGAUUUAAUAGAAUUUUUAAAUGAGUUCUUAAAGCCAAUUACAACCUCAAACCUUAUAUCUCAACUUCAACAUUUUAAUAAAAAUAGAAAUAAUUAACUUUAUAUUGUAACCUUUAAAUAAUAAUAAUAUUAAUAAUAAAGGGUUCCAAUAUUUAAAGUGUUUUUAAAAAAAUAAAUUAAAAAAAAUAAAAUAAUAAAAUAAAAAAUAAAAAAAUUAUUUCAAC